GCCGGGUCAGCGCGCGGGGGCGGUGCCAGGCGGCGCCAGGGCUCCUCUCCGCCCGCUCCCGCCCUCCCCAAUCGCUUCUCUGGCGGGCAGCAGCGCUCGCCCCACCGCCGCAGAUUUUUUUCAUUUAAUACCUGUGAAUUUUCUACAAUCCAAAGAUGGCAGCAAAUAAGCCUAAAGGACAGAAUUCAUUGGCUUUACACAAAGUCAUCAUGGUGGGAAGCGGUGGUGUAGGAAAAUCUGCUUUAACACUACAGUUUAUGUAUGAUGAGUUUGUUGAAGAUUAUGAGCCCACCAAAGCAGACAGCUACAGGAAAAAGGUGGUUCUGGAUGGGGAAGAAGUCCAGAUUGAUAUAUUGGACACAGCAGGGCAGGAAGACUAUGCUGCAAUUAGAGACAACUACUUCCGAAGCGGAGAAGGUUUUCUUUGCGUCUUCUCUAUUACAGAGCUGGAAUCCUUUGCAGCAACUGCAGACUUCAGGGAGCAGAUCUUAAGAGUUAAAGAAGAUGAGAAUGUUCCUUUUUUGCUAGUCGGUAACAAAUCAGAUUUGGAAGAUAAAAGGCAAGUUUCUGUAGAGGAAGCAAAAAACAGAGCUGAUCAGUGGAAUGUUAACUACGUGGAAACUUCUGCAAAAACACGAGCUAAUGUUGACAAGGUGUUUUUCGAUUUAAUGAGAGAAAUUAGAGCCAGAAAAAUGGAAGACAGCAAAGAAAAGAAUGGGAAGAAGAAAAGAAAAAGCCUAGCUAAGAGGAUCAGAGAAAGAUGUUGUAUUUUAUAAUCAAAGCUCUAAAUUCCUUUCCUACCCUGACCAUACUAAUAAACCAUAAUUUAUAAGCAUGCCAUUGAAGGCUCAAGUGACUGAAAUUAACAUGUUGGAAAUUGUAAUGUACCACUAAAAACAUGAAUUGGAGUUGCACUGAAAGUCAAAUUCACUGAAAAAAAAAAAAAAAAAAAAAAAGAAAAAGAUGUGGCUUCAAGAGAAGCAAAGUUCAGUCCAUUUCAUAAUUGCCUACCUUCUCACAUUUCUGAAUGUAGUGUUUCAUAGACAGUCUUUGACAGUGAACAGAGGGGGGGGAAGUAUUACUCUCUGGGUUCUUGUAAAGCAUACUUUUUUAUCACUGGUACUUGUCAAUUCAUCUUGUCUUUGUUGCCUUGGAAGUUACAGUUGUGAAGGUGAUACCUAACAAAGCAGUACACAGUUGUUUUGCCAUGGAGUUAUGCAAACUAGAAAAGAAUAAUGUGUAUGUGAACAAUUAUGCUGGGGGAAAUUCCAUGUGGUUCUGCAUUACCUGAUUAACCUAGAAGAGUGAUGUAAUCUUUUAUGUUGAAACAUUUGAAUAUGCCUUAAUUUUAAAACCUAAACAUAGCAGGUUGCUUAAUCAAGGGUGUAUUUUCAACUUUGUUGCAUGGAGACUGUCCCAGCGCCUCAGCGCCAGCCUGCCCUCUGUGGAGAGCAGCUAUCAUGUGAAUGAUUUUGCUAACUGUCUGCUAGCAGUGUCUGUUCUUUACAUGUGUGCCAUACUUGGGUCUCGUGAGUAACACAGAGCAUAUUCUGUCUGCUGUAACUUGGGAGUCAAAACACAGGGUCUUAAAACUGAAAGGUCAGAAUACACUUAAGACUGAAGCCAAGCCUAUGGCACAUCUAAGCCCGGAAUGGUUGUUUAAAAAUGUUCUGAUCCCCUGAAACUUCUUUUUUGCCAGUAGAUUUUUGUCUAGGUGUUCCUUGGGGUUUACCUCCCUGAAUUUGGGUGGAGUGGAGCUGUUUCAGUAGCACUGUGUUUUCAGUUAAGAUGUUGCCUGAGAAAUUCUAGUGUCAUCAGUUAGUUUCUUUUGUGUUCCUAACACUUAGCUAUGGGAACAUGCUGUGUUCUGCUGAAGCUCUUCGCAGGUUUUGUACUAUUCUGCCUAACUUAUGUUGCUUUUUGAAAUGGGGAACACUGUAGCUGCUUCUUCUGGUUACUGUUGAUCCCAAACAAUGGAACAGGCUUUGCAAACACUGAAACAUUUACCAUGUGCAUCUGAAAUCCCCAGAUGGAAACAUACUGCUUCAGAACAGCAGAAUACCAGCACCGUGGUCAGUAUGCUCCAUCUUAACUGAAAAUACACCAGAAUGCUGGAGGGUAAAACAGGCUAAAUCAAUUCUACAAACUUAUACUUUUUAUACAUGUGUAAGCCUAUAACUGACAGUUUAAAUUGUGCUCAAGCAAACUAGGUAACAAAUAUUUAACUUCCAUGCUAACAGACAUUUUAGGGACUCAAGUCUUAGAACUUAUUUGUCAUGUUAAAUAUUUAUCAAUAGGGAUUUUGUAUGUGCAUUUAGUAGACUGCCAAGUGCAGAAUUAAAGUUACUCAUGCAACUGUGGCAGAUAAGCCGGUCUUCAUCUUACUGUGUACUCAUUUGGGUCUAUUUAGCCAGGGGGUUAACCACUAACGUUGUGACUUUGCUUUGGAACCUAUAUACUGGGAACUGAGGUGUUAUGAAGCCACUGGACACAUGAAAUUUGUCUUGGCUGAUGCCUUAUCCUGUCCUUUUCUUUGCUAUUUGAGCCAUUGAAAGAUGAAUAAA